GCCAUACCUGCACCGCCAUUCGUGGCCACAGCUGUCAAUCACCGGGCCCUGGCUGGUGAUUAUUCGCUGGCGCCUGGUGAUUAUCAAGCAUCUCCGACGGGGAGGAGGACUGCUUUGUUUACUAACAGUCCUCAUCCCUGUUGGCUCGGUCACACUGCUCUGAAUGGUUAGCAGUGUGAUUACAGUGAAGCACCAACACACUGCCCCCUAUGUAAAACACUCCCUGCGCACAAUUAACCUUUGAUUGCUCCUUAUGUUAACCCCUUCCUGCCCAGUGCCAUUAGUACAGUGUCAGUGCUUUUUUCAGCACUGAUCACUGUAUUGGUGUCACUGGGGAUGUCAGUGACACCAAGUCAGUUUCCCCCACUGUUAUAAUGCCCGCUGAAGUCAUACAGUCCUGCUAUAAGUCACUG